UUUUUUUUUUUGAGCACGAACAAAGAUGGAGGAAUAUCCGUCGAACCUCGACGACCCUCCGAACAGCAGGUUGUUUUUGGUUGCCAGCCGCUGUAUCACCGAAGAUGAGCUGCGGGAGGGUUUCUCGAGGUUUGGGGAGGUUCAGGGGGUGUGGGUGGUCAAAGACAAGCAGACCAAGGAAUCCAAAGGGAUCUGCUACGUGAAGUUCGCCAAGUCUUCUCAGGCCUGCUUGGCCAUGGAGGAGAUGCACGGCAAAGUCCUGAUAGAAGGAACAAAGCCCAUCAAGGUGUUUAUUGCCCAGUCACGAAAUUCAACACGUCACAGGGAUGUGGAGGAUGAGGAACUCACCAGGAUCUUUGUCAUGAUCCCCAAAACCUUCUCAGAGGAGGAUCUGAAGAACACUUUCAAAGAAUUUGGAGAUAUUGAAUACUGCGUGAUCAUCAAGAAUAAGUUCACAGGUGAAAGUAAAGGUUUGGGCUACGUGAGAUACUACAAACCCUCCCAAGCUGCGCUUGCUAUAGAGAACUGUGACAAAACUUACAGAGCCAUCCUGGCUGAACCUCGCAGUAAGAACACUUCCACAGAGGAAUACGGUGCCGUGCCAGCCAGAUCUGAUCACGUCAGCAGUGGUGACAUCAUGCCUCCCUACACCUACCCUAUGGCUGCUUUUGAGCCUGCUGCCCGUCCUCCCUGCACAGCCGACCCCGGUAACUACCCCGUCAUGGACUACCGCGCUGCUGACUUGACCAGGUGUCUGAUGAUGACGACGCGUGCAGCAAUUUCCCAAGAGCAGAUUUUUGCUCUCUUUGACAUCAUUCCCGGGAUGGAAUUCUGUGAGCUCCAGAGAGAUGCCUACGGGAUGAGCAAAGGUCAGGCUGUAAUUCGCUACACUAACCUUGGAUCAGCGGUUUACGAAGAAAAGCUGAAUGGGUUUGAAUAUCCGCCCGGCAACAGACUGGUCGUCACGUAUGAUGAUGGAGAAGACCGCAGCAGUCCUGUCGGUCGUAUGGCCAUGCAGUUUGUUACGACACAGAUGAUGUCAACGGUGUGGAACAGCCCCUCGACCAGCCAAGGCUUUGCUCCUCCCAUGUCCCGUGUUCAGGCCCUCAAUCUGCCGCCCCUGAAGAAACUCGCUCCAUCUGACAGCAAGACCAAGGAGCGCCUGUUUCUGGUCUUCAACCCCUCCCCGCUGCCUGUGGACGUGCUGGAAGAUGUCUUCUGUCGCUUUGGCUCACUCAUCGAGGUCCAUUUGCUCAGCGGCAGGAAAGUUGGAUACGCGAAGUACGCAGACAAACAGUGUGCGGAUGAGGCGAUGGCGGCUCUUCACGGUCGGGUCAUUAAUGGAGUCAAGCUGAAGGUGAUGCUCGCUGAUCCUCCCCGAGAAGAAUCCCACAAACGUCCUCGUACCUACUAGGACUAGGGACCAACGCGACUGGCGACUGUUGCCAUGACACAUGACCCCUGACCUGACAAACGGACGGACCAACAUCCAAGACCUUCUUGCGACCUCUGACACGACCUUUGACAUCUGUCUGACCUUACCCUGUGACCAGCUGUUGUAACGUGCACGACACGCCCGAGUGGAAUCGUUGGCACUCGGUUAGUAUGUCCUGUUUGUUUUGUAUUAAAGGGCGCCCUCUGCUGUCGGAUGGCCACGUGACAGAUUUAUUUGAAAUACA